AUCAAAAGAACAUUAUUAUUUUAUUUUAUAAAGAAGAGGCUCAAACCACAAGGUUGUUUCUAGUAAGUACAAUCGUGGACUGUAUUUGCGGUAAUGACACAAACACAAUUAUCUGCAACCCAGAACACACUGACCCAGAAUGUGGUCUCCAAUAAAAAACGAAAGCAACACGACCUGAUGGGGUGCAGGAUGAGGAAAAUCAGAUGAGAAGGGGCACAAGUGAAAAAGUUGUGGAUAAUCUUCUAACAUCCAUAUGUAAAUAUUUAUGUGUAUGUAUAUAUUAUAUAUAUACAUUUUGGGGGGGUUGUUUGUUUUUGUUAUAUAUAUAUAUAUAUUAGUUAAAACUCUAAAUGAUUUUACGGUUACCUUUAAAAAUCAGACUUAUUUGAUAACUUGUGCGAACUAGUAACUAAACUCAUUUACCGGAUUGGAUGGAGACCUAGAUCCAGACAUAAAGUCCUGGGUUCCAAUAUGACCGUAGGCACUUCCUAGUGGUGUGACCCUGGGCAAGUCAUUUAUCCCUAUUGCCUAGUCCUUGUCGCUUUUCUAACUUAGAACCAACACAUAGUUUUAAUUUUAAAACGAAAGGUAAGCGUCUUAAAAAUAAACAAAAGAAAAUAAAUGCCACCCUCCCCACAGAUUUAUUUAGAGAUGUAAAAUGCAGAAGGCCAGUGACGGGAAGAAUCAGCGUAAGCACAAGCGGACAGAGGAGGGGCCAGGCUCCAGUCAUUGGUCAGAGGCUCCGCCCUCGGACGGAAGCUGAAAGGUCCUUCUGUCUCCGUGGGCUCUCACGCUGCUCCUCGCUAGUCGCUCCACAGCCUGGCUCCUCCUCUUCUUCCGCUUCGUCUAUCGCGGAGCCGGAAGUCUCAAGGCUCAGUUUCCGCCCUGGUGGGGCGGAACUUCCGCUUUCUCUCUCUCUCUCUCUCUCUCUCUCUCUCUCCCCCCCACCCCUCCCCUCACCCCUGGCCGGUGUCCGGCAGUGGAGUCCGUAGGAGGGGCGCCCGGACCUCGGAAGGAUCGUUCCGGCCGCAUGCCCUCAGGGAUCCCGGGACACGUCGGAGCCCAAUCUCACUCCCCGCGCCACGCUCUCUCCUCCUCCCCAGAGCCGUGAAGUGUCUCUUCGCCCGGCCCCUUCCCCCGCCCCGAACUGACUCUAGUAAGGCGGUGGGGAGGAGCCCGGGUGGGAUCGCUUGGCUCCGCGCUCCUGCUUGGGGUCCUCCUCACCCGGGCCUCCCUCUGGCUCCGCCCCCAAGCUCCUCGUUGCUAUGGCGACGAGCUCAUUGGUGUGGAAGCUGGCGGGGCUGCUGCAGGACUCGGGUGACCUGGUCCUCUCUGGUUGUAGCACAUUGACCCUGCUGACCACCACCUUGCAGCAGCUGAACCAUGUGUUUGAGCUUCACCUGGGGCCCUGGGGUCCAGGGCAGGCUGGCUUUGUGGCUCUGCCUUCCCACCCGGCAGACUCUCCUACUAUCCUGCAGCUUCAGUUCCUCUUCGAUAUCCUGCAGAAAACACUUUCACUCAAGCUAGUACAUAUCCCUGGCCCUGGCCCUCAAGGCCCCAUCAAGAUCUUCCCCUUCAAGUCCCUGAAGCAGCUGGAGCUACGAGCUGUACCCCUUCACUGUUUGUGUGGCCUCCGUGGAGUCUACUCUCAGCUUGAGACUUUAAUCUGCAGCAAAAGCCUCAGAGCACUCGAGGAACUCCUGUCAGCUUGUGGAGGUGACCUCUGCUCUGCCCUCCCCUGGCUUGCCCUAGUUUGUGCUGAUUUUAGCUAUAAUUCUUUGACUGCCUUGGACCGAUCCUUGCAUCUCUUGUCAGCCCUUCAGAUCUUGAAUCUAAGCCACAACCAAGUCAGGGAUUGUGAAGACUUCUUGACUGCAUUGUCUGAGUUGCGACAUCUGGAUGUCUCUUAUAACCACCUCCAGUCAGUCCCAGUGAUGGGUCCCUCAGGGGCUGUGCUGAGGACCUUGGUACUGAGGGGCAAUGAGCUUCGAAGCUUAUGUGGGCUGGAUCAGCUGAGGGGCCUUCGACAUUUGGAUGUGGCAUAUAAUCUUCUAGAACAACACAGAGAGCUCAUGUCCUUGCGCAUGCUGCCUGAGCUCCACAGACUUCACCUAGAGGGGAAUCCUCUGUCGUUUCACCCUAACCACCGAGCAGCUACUGUCCAGUAUUUGUCACCACAGAUCAAGGAAGCUUCUCCCCUGGGGUUUUUUCUGGAUGGGGAGCCCUUGUCCCGUGCAGACCUACAGCCUCCCACAUCUUCUGGGCUUUGCUCCUUGGCCCUCCCUCUACCCCCUGUAGGCGGAAGUGCCUCCGAGACCUCAUAUGGCCCUGACCUCAGCGAUAGCCCCUCCUCAGGAGCCGUCCUGGUUCGCCCUCUCCCUCGCAAGUCCAGGAGCCGAGUCCGUGUGAGACAGGCUAGCAUCUCAGAGCCAAGUGACACGGAUCCUGAACCCCGCACUCCAGAACCCUCCCCUGCUGGCUGGUUUGUGCAACAGCAGCGGGAGCUGGAGCUCAUGAACAGCUUUCGGGAGAGAUUUGGUUGUGAUUGGCUGCAGUACCGGAGCCACCUGGAGACCCCUGGGACACCUUCUCUGGGGACUCCCAAGGUCUCCGACUUUGGCGAGCUCCCCCUGGAUCCCCCAAAUGCUCAGAGCCUUUCUAGCUCAUUGCAGCUGGGGGAGGGAGCCAGCAGUGUAGAGGAAUCCCUCCUGAUUGGGCCAGAAGAGGGCCCAUCAGAGGAAGGGGUGGCUGUGGGGAUGGAGGCAGCUGUAGAGGAAGCCAAAGAGGAAGGCCCUGAGGAGGACGGAGAAGUGGAGUUGUGCCGGCCAGUGCUGGUGCGUCUGCUGGAGGGGACUGGUGGGGCCUGUAGCCCAGAACGGUUUCUCCGGGUUACGUCUGGCCAUUUGCUGGAAGUGGAACUGCAGGCAGCACGAGUCCUUGAGCGACUGGACCUUCGGAGCCUGCAGGCAGCCGAGUUAGAGUCAGAGGCUGAGCCACAGGCCCAGAGCGGGGAAGUGUCUGCAGACUGCGAUCAUGCUGCUAAGGCCCCCAUUCUCGUUCUGCGCUUCUCCUACAUCUGUUCCGACCGGCAGCUACGACGAUACCUGGUUUUGGAGCCCGAUGCUCUGGCCGCUGUGGAGGAGUUGCUUGCCAUCCUGGCCCCGGCAGCAGCCGCCUCGAGGCUUCAGGCGGGGGCAGCUGGAGGCCCUUUGGGAGGCCGACUUCGCUGCCUCCGCUGCCAUCAGCUCAGCACAGUGAUGAUUUCCAAGGAGGAGCUGGACAGCCAGGGCGGAUGGAUACCAAAGACAAGUACAGAUUCUCCCAUCCUGUGCCCUGUGUGUGGCAGUGACCAUGUCGUUCUAUGGCCUCAACACGAUGAAACGCCCUGUGGGGAUGGGACGGAAGGGGGGCCGGGCCUGGCCUCCUCCCAACUCCCCAGCACCCCUCCUGGCUCUUCGGAUGAUGUUGACGGUGAUAACCUCAGCAAUUCCUCCCCCCAGGCCCAUGUGCCUGACGAUGCCAACAGCUGGGGCCUUUGCCCUUCUUCUGACCGCCGUGGGCUUCGCUCUGUGGAUCACCGGAUCCGACUUUUCCUGGAUGUGGAAGUGUUCGAGGAUGUCCAGGAAGAGUUUCAGUGCUAUCUCAAGGUGCCAGUGGUAUUCCGUGGUCAGUCCAUGGAGGUUCCCUCCCUGGUUGUGGUGUCUGAUCUCAGGCUCUAUGUGCUGGAGGUGACUGGGGAGAUGCGGGGCCAGCCUUCUAGCUGGCUGCAGCUGUGCCUCGCCAUCUCCCUGCAGGACCUGAGCCGCCUGGAGCUUGGCCUGGCUGGGCAGAGCCUUCGGCUGGAGUGGGCAGGGGGUGGGGGUGGCUGUAUCCUGCUGCCCCGUGAGUCCAGAUGCUGCCGGGCAUUCCUGGAGGAGCUUGGGGCCAUCCUGCAGUCACUUCCUCCCGGCCGAAGGUCCCAAGUUAGUGCCACCAAAGAGGAGAUGAUUCCUCAGCACCGCCUCUGGCCACUGCUGGGAACUGACUCCGGCCCCGAAGACCCCCAGUUCUUCUACUUGCAGGUGUUUCUGAUUGAAGGUUCCUCUGUCUGCCCCAUGUCCCUGUUAAUAACUCCAUCUACCCUGUAUCUGCUGAAUGAAGAUCCUGUGUGGUCUCAGGCUGGGCCUUCUCCUCCAGAGGCUGGGGAAGAGUUCCUAGGGGCAUCCCCCUCAAGCCUGCAUCCUUCUGUCCGUAUCCAUGAGCAGCAGCCACUCAGCAGCCUCAACUCCAUCCAGGUUUAUCGAACAGCCCUGAUGGACUUGCGCCUGGCACUGUAUGAUGAGGUAUUGCGACUGGAGAGUUUUUGGUCUCUUCGUGUUGCGUGUCCUGAGCAAUUGACUGCACUGCUUGAUUGGAUCCGAGGUCCCUGGGAGGAUCUCUUUUCCAUUGAACUUCGAGUCCUGACCCAGGAAGCCCUAGAUAUUGAACCAUGAAACUGUGGACAUAAAGCUUUAUCCUCUGGGAGCUCACCUGUUGUACUGUUCAUGGUCCAGUCGCCUGCCCCGGAUUUGCUGGGGGAAGGACUAGAGUGUGCUGCUGUGGUCCCUGGGCAGCUCUGACCAGAAGUGACCAACUAGAGAUAGUGUCCAGGGACCAGCCCAAUUAUGGCCUUUGACAAUGUGACAUUGAAUAUUUCUCAGGUGCCAAUAAAGUUUUUUUCCAUUCCUGA